AUCACGGGAUAACCUUACCUUAUUAUGUUAUAAUAAACACGCUCCUCGUCUUAUAAAUUUUUAUAAACGGAAGUUCUAAUUUUAAACGCCACCGAAAGUUAUUUUCAUACCCAGAAUUUAUUUUGGAAACAAAACAUAUUUGGAAUUUGAAUUCCUUAAAAUUACAAUUAAUUUUUAAAAAAUUUAGAAUGGGAAGAAAGAAAAUUAAAAUAUCUAAAAUUACAGAUGACCGUAAUCGCCAUGUCACAUUUAACAAACGAAAAUUCGGUGUUAUGAAGAAAGCCUAUGAAUUAAGUGUUUUGUGUGAUUGUGAAGUAGCUAUAAUUAUAUUCAAUAAGGCCAACAGGUUGUACCAAUAUGCUAGUACAGAUAUGGAUCAAGUGUUACUUAAGUAUACUGAAUAUAGUGAGCCACACGAAUCCUUAACUAAUGUUAAUAUAAUUGAACAAUUGAAUAGAAGAGAAGGUUCUAGGCUCUCUCGGACCUCUACAGAUAUUGACAUAAGUGAAGAUAGCCAAAUAAUUAAUAAUUCCAUUCAACAAAGACAGAUUCCAGCAUCUAAAAUUAAACCCAAACACAAUGAAAUAACUGAAGAAGAAUUCCGAUUGCUCAUGAAACAUCAAGAAGAUGAACAAGGUGACAAUAGUAAUGAUUACGAAUUUAUUCCAUCUACCAUGCCAUUAAAAGAUCAAAAGAUGUUGUCUUUAAAUCAGAAAAAUGAUCUGAUGAUGAGAAGACCUAAUAUAAGUGACUCUGAUUUAAGUGAUGUAGAAGUUAAAAUUGAUGAUGAUGAUGAUGACGAUGAUGAAGAAGAUGAUGAUGAAGAAGACUCUAUGCAUAAACCUGUGAUUAAAAAGUAUCACUUGCCAAUUGCAGUGCCACUGGAUAGAGCUAAAACAAAUUCUGGUCUAGCUCAACCAAGAUAUAGUGCUGGUCCAAGACUACAGACAACACCUAAUGUUCAUAUAGGCUCAGGAAAUAAAAAUGAAAACAAAGUGGUGAAUGACAGAGUGGUACGGGUAAGAUAUCGACCUUACAGUAUAUUACCAAGUUCUCGUAAAGUUGUUAAUCUGCCUUAUAAAAAAAGUGUUGAACUUCGAGCAUUAUCAGAGAAUACCAAUGAUACUAGCUUAAGAAAUCAAAACAUUCAAAGUGAAACUCAGGAAUCAUUAUUACAACGACGAAUGUACAAUCAAUCAAUGAGACCAGUACAAAUUUCAAAAGGAAUAUCUACUACUUCUAGUAAUAAAGUUGAUUUAUCUCUGACAUCUUCAAAUAAUAAAGAAUGUGAUACUUAAAUUUCCAUGUAGACCUUUUUUUAUUUUAUUAUUGCUAAUUUAAGUUAAAGCAAUUUUUUUUUUUAUUUGGUUAUGAAUGAUCAAAUUUAUUGGCUUAAAAUAAGACUGUUUAUAAACUAAAAUAUUCAUAAUAGUUUAAGUAAAAUAUUUUUAGCAUUAGUUUUGA